AUGGCGGGUGAUUCUGUACCUCCGUCUCCUCCUGACACACCUGGAUUGAGAGCAAAUCGCGCGUGCAGACAUUGUGUUCAAAUCAAAGCUAAAUGUAUCGCUCUCGAGGGGUCCGACAAUUCGAUAUGCCAAAGGUGUCACCGACUGGGCAGACAGUGCACGACUCCUGCUCCUGUACCUCGCAAGCGUGGUCGAAACAAGUCAACGAGAGUCGCUCAACUUGAAGAGAGAAUAAACAACUUGACGAGUCUUCUGACCUCCAACCAGUCACCAGAGGAAUCGCCCAAUCCACCAAGUGGCAUUCGCUGUCGGCAGCCGCUUCUUACCCCUCCAGUCUCAAUUACACGGGAAGCAGGUUCUUUUGGGCAGUCCAACCCUACAGUUGAAGUCGGAAGCAACGCCUCCCAGCGAUGCAGACCUGCUGCCAAUGAUGGUGCCAAUGCCACAGCUGAUAUCAAGACCAUCUUUCGAACCCAGUUGGCACCAGUCGUCGAAGAAAAGUUAUUUAGCGACUUCCGAAUCAGUUUCAACCAAUAUUUUCCUUAUGUCAUUAUCUCACCUCAAGCUGCGACAGCUUCUAUUCGGGAUUCCAAACCCUUUCUCUUCCGUACAUGUAUCGCCGUAGCUUCCCAUGCGGAUCCUGUUGUGCAGAAGCAAAUGGCUGAGGAGUUGCUGCGGUAUGUCGGAGAGCGGAUGUUGCUCAAGGCAGAAAAGUCACUUGACAUACUGCAAGGCAUACUAGUCUUCAUUGCGUGGUAUCAAUACUACAACCAUUACAAUCCUCAGCUUAUGAAUCUGCUCCAUCUUGCUUCAGCAAUGGCUAUUGACCUGGGCUUAAAUCGACCAAGUCACCCAGGACCUUGGCCUCCAGUCGGAAUGGUGAUCGAUACGAACCAACUAAUACAUGGAAAACCAGUUCAUCAAGGUAUUUCAACAUCCGAUGAACGGCGAGCACUUCUCGGUCUGUAUUAUUUCACGGCGAACCUAUCGGCAUGCUUCAGGAGACUCGAUUUCAUGCAGUGGACACAACACCUAGACGAUUGUUGCACGGCGCUCACGGUCGCUGCUGAGUAUCCUUCUGAUAUCGAAGCGGUCCAUUCCGUCCAAUUGACGCGCAUGUUGGACCGUUAUUCACCUUAUACUGGCGCAAUAUCGCCAAAACACGUACCUAUCAAGACGUUCGUCAAGUGUUUCCAGGAAGAUCUGCAACGGGUCAAGCAAGCUGUACCUGCCAGUCUCGCAGAGAACACGCUGUUCAAAAUGCAACUUCUCAACGCCGAACUCGAUAUUUUCGAGAUUGUCGCUACCUCGGAGCAGGGUGCACCGCUGGAACGAGCUCAGGCGCUGCAUGCUUCUCUUCAAUCGAUGGACUGCCUUAUUGAGCUGUUCUCGAAAUUACCAGCAAGCAGUCUACCUCACCUACCAUUUCUGACCUGGAUACACGUCUUGCACUGCUACAUUCUCUUGGCAAAGCUUUCGUUCCUCGUGGUGGAUGGAUGGGAUCUACAGUAUGUCCGGACGUGUUGGACAAACUUUCCGACAAUGGUUUCUCGUUUAGUUGGAAUACUCGAGGCUGCAGUACGACAAAUCAUGGGUGAAUCCCAGACACCAAACGCCGUCUCUGUUCGCUACACUGCGUAUGCUGAGAAGAUGCGUCUAUGUGGGAAGUGGUAUGACAACAAGAUCCGAGCAGAGACUGAAUCUCAGGAGACCACUUCUGAAGCUGGUCCCGCUCUUCCAUCUUUUGACCCUACAUUCGAAGGGUUUUUUGAAGGCGUCGAUGAUGGUUUUUGGACAGAUUUCAACACCGACUGGGCAACUGCUGGUAUACAAUUCUGA